GGGGAUGUAAUGGAUGUCAAUAUUGCUCUGCCAGAGCAGCUGAAGACCCUCAUCCAUGAUGCCCUAACACAUGGCAUAGGCGAAGCUGCCAAAGCCUUAGACAAGCACCAGGCCCAUCUUUGUCUUGCAGCCAACUGGGAUGUGCCCAUGACCUACGUCAAGCUGGUGGAGGCACUCUGUGCUGAGCACCAGAUCAAUCUGAUUAAGGUUGAUGACAACAAGAAACCAGGGCAGUGGGUCGGCCUCUGUAAAAUCAAUGGAGAGGCGAAGGCACGGAAAGUGGCUGGUUGCCGUUGUGUAGUGGGUAAGGACUACGGCAAAGAAUCUCAGGCCAAGGAUGUCAUAGAGGAGUGCUUCAAGUGCAAGAAAUGA